AUGGCCAAAACACCUCCAUCUCCUUACUUGGUGCUUGGACUCGUUUUAUUCAUUGCUUCACUCUGUCUCACAAUUCCUUCGGAAUCUCAUGAUCAUUGCAGUCAUGUAUUUUUGAGUAAUGAAAGAGUAUUCACAGUCCUAUAUUCUCUCUUCAUCAUUCCUGUUACGAUUGCAAUUCUUUUUCUAACCGUCGUCUUUGCGAUGGGUUUUAGACGGAAUGAUUUCAGUUGCAGUGAUUUAGAGACAACCUAUACGAACUACAUGAUAUUGUAUCUUGGUAUUGGUUUUUAUUUUGCAAUGGGAGUUUUUUGGAAAAUGUGGAUUGAACGACUCUCAUCACCACUCUAUACAGAGGAAUAUUUAAAAGAAAAUAUUUUAACAGAAAAACAAUGUCAUGAUCACACAACAAGAGUGAGCAUCUUGAAGAAAAUGUUAAUGGCUAUUGGAAGUGUCUUGAUAUUGGUCUUUGGAUUCUUUGUGGCAUAUGAGGUUUAUUUUAAAAUUCAAAGGAAUAGAAAUAUUACAACAAGUCAUGCCAACUCAAUGAGUGUUUAA